AGUGUGAGUCAGGCAUCUGACCUUUCCACUCAGAAGCUGAUGCUGGCACCAACUCCCCGCAGGAUGGCCUUGCCUAUUGCUUCGCAGGAACUUCAUCUUUUGGAGGGUGCAGGGGAGAUGGUUCAGUAGAUCCACACUUGGCAUACAAGCGUGAGGACCAGAGUUCUAGCCCCAGAACCCAUGUCAAUGUUAGGUGGGUGUGGUAGCCUGCCUGCGAUCCCAGAGCUCAGAGGGCAGUAAGGUGGCUAGCCAGCUACACUCAGUAUUGGUGAGCCCGGGGUUCAGCGGACUGAGUUAAUUGAGUGAGAUGGAGAGAAUUCUGGGAGGAUCCUGGUCCUCCCCACCCAUGAAUACACAUGCGCUCACAUGCAAACAUGCACGCACUCCACACAUUUCAUUCCAGAUUGUCCAAAAGCUAGUAUUUGUCCUUCGCUUUGUUAAGUGUGUGCUUUCCAAGCAGGCAGGGAAGGAUGCUCCACGCUGAGUUUUGGAGGAGAGAGGACCAAAGUUCUUAUACCAGGGAUAGAAGACCCUCCUCCUGGUCUGACCAUUGAUGUCACCGUGUAGUAGCAGAGAAGAAUCCCAGGCAGGCCGUGCUUCCGGUGCCCUGUUCAUUGGAUGCCUUGCUGAGGAGGGGUGUGCAGAUGGUUUAGUGCAUAUGCUUCCCUUGAUUCAGCCUACACUCCAGGGCGUCCAUGCACCUUUAAAGCCACUACUUUAGACUCUUAACCACCAGAGGCCUCUUUCCCCCUCCUCCCAUCCCCAGUUUCCACUGCACCCAUUAAAACCUGGAUGGGAAGUAUUUGCUGGCUGGUCCCAAUUAUUGUAUCCUUGGCUAAAAUGAAGGGCCUCCUUCCAAAACCCUGGCAGUCUGUCCUCCACCUUUCCCCUACUUAACUCUCAGGCCCCCACCCAUUCCCUGGGGUUGCUACUGCUGCUGGUAGCUGAACGUCUUGCCUGGGCUUGCAGAACUGAACGGGCCGGGGUCCAAACUAUUUAGUCUCCUUGGAAAGAAAGCAAUGGUACCAUCCCAUCAUGGGUGAUAACCACCAAGGGAAAGAAUGACAGACGCGCCCUGGGUCCUGAACCAGGCCUCCUUCAGCCAGCCAGUAGCUUAAAUGGCCCUGAAAAUGCCCAUCUCUGGGGUUGAGGGUAGGUACCACUUCAGACCAACAGGCUGCUGCUGGCCACCAGCAGUCAAAUUCCAGAGCGAGUGCGCCUAGGGCGGGGCCUGGGCUAUAGGGAGGGCCGAGCCGCCCCCCACUCCUGGCUCCCGCGCCACACCGCAGAAGCUGGGUAGGAAGGGCGGGUGCCAGCGCACGCGCGCCACACUCCCUGAGGUUCUUGGAGCCCGAGGGAGAUCAGUGUUUCAGGAGGGACCACCCGGAGUGUAUGCGAGCUGCAGGGGCAGACCAGAGAAAGAGGGCACCAUGGCGGCCCUCCUGCUGCUGCUGCCCCUACUCUUGCUGCUGCCACUGCUGCUGAAGUUGGACCUCUGGCCUCAGCUGCGCUGGCUGCCGGCCGACCUGGCCUUCACAGUGCGCGCCCUCCGCUGCAAAAGGGCCCUUCAAGAUCGCGCGCUGGCCGCAGCGGCCGCAGACCCGGAGAGCCCCGAGGGCGGCUGCAGCCUGGCCUGGCGCCUCGCGCACCUGGCCCGGGAGGGAGGGACGACCGCACCCCCUCUGGCACCCGGGGCGACUGUGGCGCUGCUCCUCCCCGCGGGCCCGGAAUUCCUAUGGCUUUGGUUCGGACUGGCCAAAGCCGGCCUGCGCACGGCCUUCGUGCCCACCGCCCUACGCCGAGGGCCCCUGCUGCACUGCCUCCGCAGCUGCCGUGCAAGCGCGCUCGUGCUGGCCUCAGAGUUCCUGGAGUCCCUGGAGCCGGAUCUGCCCACCCUGAGAGCCAUGGGGCUCCACCUGUGGGCAACCGGCCCCGAAGCUUAUCUUGCUGGAAUCAACAAUUUGCUGUCCGAGGCAGCAGCCCAAGUGGAUGAGCCAGUGCCUGGGUACCUCUCUGCCCCCCAGAGCAUAAUGGACACCUGCCUGUACAUCUUCACCUCAGGGACUACUGGCCUGCCCAAGGCUGCUCGCAUCAGUCACCUGAAGGUCCUGCAGUGCCAGGGGUUCUACCAGCUGUGUGGAGUUCACCAGGAAGAUGUGAUCUACCUCGCGCUCCCACUGUACCACAUGUCUGGCUCCCUGCUGGGCAUCGUGGGCUGCUUGGGCAUUGGUGCCACGGUCAUACUCAAGCCCAGGUUCUCAGCUAGCCAGUUCUGGGAAGAUUGCCAGAAGCACGGUGUGACAGUAUUCCAGUACAUUGGGGAGUUGUGCCGAUACCUCGUCAACCAGCCCCCGAGCCAGGCAGAACGUGGCCACAAGGUCCGGCUGGCAGUGGGCAGUGGGUUGCGCCCGGACACCUGGGAGCGUUUCGUGCGGCGCUUUGGGCCUCUGCAGAUCCUGGAGACAUACGGAAUGACAGAGGGCAACGUGGCUACUUUCAACUACACGGGACAACAGGGCGCCGUGGGGCGCGCAUCCUGGCUGUACAAGCACCUCUUCCCCUUCUCCUUGAUUCGCUACGAUGUCCUGACAGGAGAGCCUGUUCGGAAUGCCCAGGGGCGUUGUGUGGCCACAGCUCCAGGUGAGCCAGGGCUGUUGGUGGCCCCCGUGAGCCAGCAGUCCCCUUUUCUGGGCUACGCUGGGGCUCCAGAACUGGCCCGGGGGAAGCUGCUGCAGGACGUCUUCCGGCCUGGGGACGCUUUCUUUAAUACCGGGGACCUCUUGGUCUGUGAUAAGCAAGGCUUUCUUCAUUUCCAUGAUCGUACGGGAGACACCUUCAGGUGGAAGGGGGAGAACGUGGCCACUACAGAAGUGGCGGAAGUCUUGGAGGCCUUGGAUUUCCUGCAGGAGGUGAACGUCUAUGGAGUCAGUGUGCCAGGGCACGAAGGCAGGGCUGGCAUGGCAGCCUUGGCCCUGCGACCCCCACAGGCUUUGGACCUUGUUCAGCUGUACGCCCACGUUUCUGAGAACUUGCCACCAUACGCGCGACCUCGAUUCCUCAGGCUCCAGGAGUCUCUGGCCACUACCGAGACCUUCAAACAGCAGAAGGUUCGGAUGGCGAAUGAGGGCUUCGACCCCAGUGCGCUGCCGGACCCCCUCUAUGUCCUAGACCAGGAAGUGGGUGCCUACCUGCCCCUCACACCUGCCCGCUACAGUGCCCUCCUCUCUGGGAACCUUAGAAUCUGAGACCUUCCGCUUAAGGGAGGGCUCUGGGGGUACAGGCCACCAUGACUGUACCAGGGGUUUGGGUAUCUUUUGUAUAUGGAGUCAUUGUCAUUUUGUAAUAAACAGCUGGAGCCUG